UCAAGAUGCUGUUUUCUCUCUCUAAAAUCUUUUGAAAUCAUUUUCUUUCUUUCUGGGUUUGUUUUGUCUGUCAACAAGGUGGUCAAACAAGUGAUAAAAAUCCAAACUUUGUGAAUCUUGGUUGUGUUUUAUUUGAAUCUUUUGUUUGAUCUUGUCUAAGUCAUUUUUCUUUGAAAGAAAGAAAAAAAAGUUGUUUAAUAUAUCAAAUAAGAAAUAAUAAGAUAUGACAGUUGAGGAAAUGAGGGGGGCUGAAAUUGAUAGAUUUCCAAUUGGAAUGAGAGUUCUUGCUGUUGAUGAUGAUCGUACUUGUUUGAAGUUAUUAGAUGGGCUUUUAAGGAAAUGCCAAUAUCAAGUUACAACCACAAAUGAAGCAGUAAUUGCAUUGAAGAUGUUAAGGGAAGAUCGAAACCGGUUUGACGUUGUGAUCAGUGAUGUGCAUAUGCCAGACAUGGAUGGUUUCAAGCUUCUUGAGCUUGUUGGUCUUGAAAUGGACUUACCUGUUAUUAUGUUAUCGGGAAACAGUGACCCGAAGCUUGUCAUGAAAGGGAUCACUCAUGGUGCUUGUGAUUACCUUGUGAAACCUGUUCGUCUUGAGGAGUUACGCAAUAUAUGGCAACACGUGAUCAGGAAAAAGGUUGACCCAAAAUCUCAGACAAAGUCAAACCAUAACCAUGGAAAGGGUAAUCAUGAAGGCGGACAAGAAGCCGGUAGUGGAGAUCCAAAUGGGAAACUUAUUAGGAAAAGAAAAGAUGAAGAUGAAGAUUUUGAAGACGAUGGUAAUGAAGAUGAUGAUUCAUCAACACAAAAGAAGCCACGUGUUGUUUGGUCCAUUGAUCUUCAUAGGAAAUUUGUAGCCGCUGUUAAUCAGCUUGGGAUCGAGAAAGCCGUUCCUAAAAGGAUUCUUGAUUUGAUGAAUGUUGAAGGUCUUACCAGAGAAAACGUGGCAAGCCAUCUCCAGAAAUAUCGGCUUUACUUGAAAAGGAUCAGUCAACAAGCUAACAUGGUGGUGGCGUUUGGCGGUAGCAAAGAUGCAUCUUCUUAUAUGAGAAUGAAUUCACUUGAUGGGUUUGGAGAUUUCCGUUCAUUAUCAGGUUCAGGAAGGCCGCCAAAUGCCCAGCUAUCAUCAUAUUCACCUUCUGGUAUGCUUGGUAGACUCAAUAGUGCAACCGGGAUGACCCUUCACAGCCUCACAACCCCAUCCUUGAUCCAACCAACACACACCCAAAACUUGACCAUUAGUUCAAUCAACAAGUUUCAGCCGGUUGUAUUACCACCGCCAACAAAUCACCAAACCACAAAUCUUUUUCAGGGAGUUCCAACGUCUUUUGAACUUGGCCAUCUUCAACAGAGUAAUAAACCGAAUACCCAACUCUCGGAUUUUAAUCACAUUGAUGAAUCUCGAAUAUUUAAUGGUUCUAGCACCUUUUCAACAGUAGGGAAUCAAUCUUCUAUGAAUCUUGUUUCAAGUAGUUCUACCUUUCUUGAUCCCCCGCCACCAAGUGUAGAAAGCUUUCAUGAUCAAUUGCCACCAAAUAGCAGCUUAAAAUAUGGUUAUACUGCUAGUAGUAACACAAUUAGCGGAUUUGGUUCUAAUAUAGCUAGCACAGCCUCUCUACCCCUUGAAGGUCAAAGUCAAAGGCAUGCACGGUAUGGCACCCAAAGUUAUGGUCAGUAUUCAAGUAAUGCUUUUAGCACUUUAGCCGCUACAUCCCCAACACCCAAUGGAAUUAGUGUGAGUGGACCUGUGAGUCAAUCAACUGAUCAACUUUCUGGGGUCUACAAUACGUCGAAUGGCAAUGGUACACUUCUUAUGCAGCGGAAUAAGGGGACUCAUAGGUCAAGUACUGAACUGAAAAUGGGAUCCGGUGAUAACUAUUUACUGGAGCAGACCAAGAUACCAAGUGGUUUUAUUGCAAAUAACGGUUAUGAUUCCUUGGACGAUCUUAUGAAUGGAAUGAUGAAACAGGAGCAGGACCAGGAUCCAACAAUCAUGAUGAAUGGAGAAUUUGGAUUUGAUCCUUAUUCAUUCGGAUCAUGUUUAUGAUGAUGAAUUGAUGAUACAUUAAUUAGCUCUUGACUCCUAGAGAAUGAUAAAACGAGGCUGCAAUGAUGAAUUAGGUUUUAUGAAAUGAGAAGUUUGUAUCAAUAUGUAAUUUAUUUUCUAAGACUAUUUAUGUCUAGCUUCUUCGGUGUCAUCCUUUAUCAAAACUUGUAGCCAGGUUUUCAUGACAUGGGUAUAACUGUUUUCAGAUUUCUUGAAUCUAUUUCCGUAUCACUCUUUUUCUUGCUGUUUAAAA